GAAUUAUACUAGUAUGUUCUUGCGAUCUCUAAAAAUGGCGUUCGCACUCAUGAUAGACCUCCGGAUAUCAGUUACUCUUGUGGUUUUUUUCUUCCUUUUAGUUACUUUUCCAGGGAUCGCUUACGGUGACGAAGACGAUUCAGAAGGAGGUGUAGGUGGAGGGCCAGGGUUUGGCGGUGGUGGCACAGGUGUGGGAGGUGGAGGGAUAGGCGGUGGAGGGCCAGGAUUUGGCGGUGGAGGGACAGGUGUGGGAGGAGGAGGCAUAGGUGGUGGUGGCACAGGUGUGGGGGGUGGAGGGCCAGGAUUUGGCGGUGGUGGCACAGGUGUGGGAGGUGGUGGUACUGGAUUUAGUGGCGGAGGGACGGGUUUUGGUGGAGGAGGAUUGGGUGGCAAUAGCGGUGGAGGGACAGGUUUUGGAGGAGGAGGAGGAUUAGGCGGCGGCGGAUUAGGUGGGAACGGUCCACCGGAGAUAGUUGCAAAAGCUUUGGAGUGCUUAAAUGAGAAACAUAUAUACAAAGAGUGCGAGGAUGCAUGGAGGCUAACGUUAAACGGAGACCUGAACAUCCCUGUGGCGAGGACGGAGGAGUUCUGCGAGGGACCAUGCUUCUCCGAAACACAUUUGGCUUUGAAUUGCAUUGGCGAGAUUGUUCACCACUUCAGAUUCUUCAACAGAGCCACCGUUUACAAUAUUCGUGAAACCCUCAAGUCCGGCUGUAGCUACGGACCUGAACGAGGCAUUUUCAACGUUCUAGAGCACAUCGAAGACGAAGAAAAUGCAAGUGAGAGAAUGCAGUUAAGGUCUGGACUGUUGCUUGGGACUGUGUCGUUCACCAUUGCCUUGCUUCUUUAAGAGCUGUCUUUAUGUUUAAUCGUAGCUUUUAUAUGUUGCAUAUUUGACAAUUACAAUAUAUAAACCGAUGUCUUUGUAUCGAUAGAGACUAUCUAAUCAAGGAGUACUUUUUAUAAUAUAUAGUUUCUUCUUUCUUGUUCAGAAAACAAAAUUUGUGUUGUUUGUAUU